AUAAAAACCAUUUAAAACUCAUUUUUUGGGGUUCCCAUCCGCUCCUUCGCGUUUGAGCUCCGUUUUUUUUUUGCCCACACCCAAUUGAACUUUUACAUUCGCAUAUUUCCGUCAUCGGAUGAUUCUAUGCCCACCGAUGCACCGCCAUUAACGAACCGCUCCUCUGCCGCCGGACCACCCCCGUACAGGUGGCUGCUGCUCGAUGACGCCUCUCUAUUCCGAUCUUUUCAUUUCCAAACAACGCAAGCAAAAACGCAAUUUCCCGAGAUAACACCGGAAUUAACUGAAACAUGCUUCGUCUUCACAGCGGGAAUACGCGGCAGUAUCUGCUGCGAUUCAAUCUCCGUCGCUUUGUUUCGUCUUCAAUGCGUAGGGUUUCCACGAAUUCCGUCGAAGGCACGCCUAUUAAGUUGGAGAAUUCGCCGCCUGCGCCUCAUCUGCCAGCACCUCAAUAUCCUCCUGCCACUGUACUAUUCCACAGUAAACGAUCGCGAUCGGUAUUCAUUGCCCUAUCGGCCACCAUAGCUUCAGCCGUAGUUGCUCCCUUCGCCUUAAUUCUGAUGCGUGAUGAUGAGGAUGGUGACUAUAAACAGACAGCCGGCCGUGUAUACAGGGAAUUUGAAAAUGUGGUUGAGAAGACGAAGGUUUCAUUCACGAAGACAAUGAAUCGAAUGAAGCAGACUGGCAUGGCUGCUUCGGUUCUAUGGAAGUCGCUGAGGUCGUUAAUGUCAUCUGCAAACCAUGAGGUUAGGGUUGGGUUUGAGAUUAGGGUUGCUGCUUUGUUGGCUGACAUUGCAGCCGCGAGUGAGAGCCGUAGAGCGGCAUUAGUUGGUGCUGGGAGUGGUGCCGUAGUGGAUUGGCUCCUGGAGACAGUGUCGUCCAACGGAGAGAAUUUAGGCACUCAGGCCGAGUCAGCUAGGGCUUUGGCGUAUUUGAUUGCCGAUCCAAACGUAUGUGAGGCUGUUUUUGGGAGGCCACAUGCUGUACCUAAUUUGCUUAGGUUUAUUUUCUCUGCUCAGCCGAGAAGAUCAAAUAGAAAAGGUAGAAGUAGUUCGUUUGGUCUUUCUGAUUCUUUGAAAGGUAGGAGCAUGCUGGUUGCAGCCAUUAUGGAUGUGGUCACAUCCCACUGCCAAAGUGCGGACAAAGUAUCAUUCAAACCUAUUCUGCCGCAAGAUGCUGAGAUGAGGGAUAUUGCAGCUGCCAUUGAAGUUAUUGCAGAAGGUGGCAUGCACUGGGAUGAUCCACACCAGGAUGGAGAAGACGACGAUGGAGGAAAAGGGGUAAAGGGUAUUGGAAUAAAGAUUCUUGAAGGUACAACAGUUCUAGGACUUGCAAGGACUAAGGGAUUUGUUGACAUGGGGCAUUCUGAUGAUAGUCAGGCAGCCAGACACACACAUAAUAAUCUUUUAUUUAGCAAAAUAAGUGAGAAAUCCGCAAAGUCAAAUUUAUCUUCGGCAGUGGUUCCCGGACUUUGGGAUGACUUGCACUCUGAGCAAGUUGCUGUUCCUUUUGCUGCAUGGGCAUUGGCAAAUUGGGCAAUGUCAUCAGAAGCUAAUAGGACUCACAUCCAGGAACUGGAUCAGGAUGGGCAAGCAAUCAUGGCUGCUUUAAUGGCGCCUGAGAGAUCUGUAAAAUGGCAUGGAAGUCUGAUCGCUAGAUUGUUGUUAGAGGACGAAGAGAUACCGUUGAAUGAAAAUGUUUCUGAUUGGAGUUCCUGUCUUCUUUCUAUAGUUUCCCAAGCAAGCAAAGCUCAGGACUUCCCUCUGACUCACAUAGCUUUGUCUGCAUUUCUAGUUGCUCUUAAGAGAAGUGCUAAAGUGCAGGAAGUAGCAGUUGAGAAGGGACUCCAUUUGAUGAGAGUGACUGCUAAACAGACAACAAAGCAUGCGUCCUUGCAAGAAGCAUUGGCCAAGGCCUUGGAAUUGCUCUAUACUAGGGAAAUGCACAUGUCUGUUGAAGAAAGCCAAAAAUGGUCUGGCAUUCUACUUCCUUGGAUUUUUGCAAAAUCUUCAUCAGAUGAAAUGCGGUCAUCGGCAAUAAAUAUCCUUUCGUGCAUUCUUGAAGAUUAUGGACCAUCGUCGUUAGCAAUUUCUCAAGGAUGGUUAACUCUUUUGCUGAGUGAUAUUUUGAAUUACAGGAAGGCAGCUUUGGUGAAAGGGAAUGCCGAGCUGAGGACUGAUAAAGUGAAGACACAAAUUGACCAAGCAAAUAUAGUUUCAGCAACCCAAACUGCAAAUCAGUUGGCUAUGGCGGUUGUUAACCUAGCAGGAAUGCAACUUGGAGCGGAUACUGAAACUGAUGAUACAUUUCCUUUGGCUGAUCUUUUGUCACUUGAACCUUUUGUUGGACCGUUUAAGAACCUUAAGAAAGAUAAAGUUCCCAAGAUUGAUGCUGCAGAUUCAGCAUUGGCCACUCUGAAAGGAAUCAAAGCUUUGAAUGAGAUCUCUGCAGAAGAUUCUGUUUGCUUACACAAGAUAGCUGAUUUUGGAGUUCUCUGUUUGAUACGGCGCCUGUUAUUAGAAGAUGAUUAUGAACAGCUAUCUGCAAUUGAAGCUUACGAUGCAUCACGUGCCCCUGAGUCACCAGAAAACUUGUCAUCUGUUUCAGGUGAAGCUUCUGCUAAUUCCAAUCCAGGUGACACAUCUAGUGUUCGCGUACCUCCCACAGCUCACAUUCGGAGGCAUGCAGCCAGGCUACUAACUGUACUUUCCGUACUUCCAAAAGUAAAGAAAUCGAUCAUUGCCGAUAAAGCUUGGCGUAGAUGGCUUGGAGAAUGUGCUGAAGGAAAGGUUCCAGGUUGCAAUGACCUCAAAAUUCGAAGUUAUGCCAGGGCAACACUGCUGAAUGUAUUUUCUGCUGAGCAAACUAAUGAAGAGUCGGUAGACUGUGAUGCCUCUCUUGGAAGCACAAAUAAAACACAUCCGUGCCCUCAAUACGCUGAUAUGGUGUUUGUAAUUAAUCCUGAAAAACCACACUGGAAAUGUAUGGCGAGUGCAAUUCCAACUUCAACAGUUAGAUCCUCCACAUCUAGUGAUGAUUCUCUAAAUACUGAGAAGGGAGCUUCAAGCACAGAUUCCAAUGGCAAUAACUCCUCAACCGCUGUAUCUGAACCAAUGAGUUCACAAUCAGAGAGUCCAUUAUUCGAUGUGGUGUUUGUUCAUGGGCUCCGUGGAGGUCCCUUUAAAACAUGGCGGUUGUCCGAGGACAAGUAUUCAACUAAAUCUGGCCUUGUAGAGAAAAUUGAUGAAGAAGCAGGGAUGCAAGGAACAUUCUGGCCUGGGGAAUGGCUUCCAACUNGUCCAUAUCAACACAUCAUUUGAUUAUGUACAGCAUUCAAGAGGUAAGCUCCAUGCUGUUGGAGAAGCUUGUUGCAGCUGGUAUUGGAAAACGUCCGGUUGUAUUUGUGACUCAUAGGUUAGUCUGUCCUUCUCUUGGUCACUUUUAUUCACAUCAUUCUUGUUUGCACUCCACCCUCUCUCCCCCUCUCCCUCUCCAUGGCAGGGUAUGGUGGACCACCAACACAAACACUAAUUUUUGUUUGGGCACAAGUUGGGCUUGGUUUGUCCAGUCAUUAAAACCUUGCCAAGUUUGAUUAAUUUGUGCUAGUUAUAUGAUUUGAAGAAUAGACUAUAUUUGAGUAU